UGGCCAGGCUGAUAAGAUGAGUGGAAAUUGCCCAUGAAAUAUGCAGAAAGCCUGGGGUGUUGUCAGUCUCAUUCUGACUCUUUGCGCGCUGCUCUAUCUAGUACUUUGGAUGAAUCUCUCUGAACACUUUUACAGCAAAACCAUCAUCAUUUCUGCACUGAUUUUAUCACCACAUGGAAAUAUUAGUUUGUACAAAACUGAAAAACCCGUUCACCCCACUGAGCGAGAACUCAACAUAACACCUAUUCCGGUUCUCUAUAAGAAAAAUUUUACGAAACUGCCAGUGUGGGAUUUCGAAGAUGUUUAUAUGCGAGACAGUCAACCAAGAAAACCUACCUGUCCAAAGUCCUUUCAAACCACAGAGGAUCACGAGUUCAAGGAAGCUGUCCUUCCAGACAUUCAACUGUGGCUGUACAAAGGUCAUCUCAACAUAACAGAAUGGAAUCGAUUAGCACACUUCAACAAUCCUUUUGGCUUCAUGGAGUACAAUUACAAUGACGUAAAAAGAGCAGUGGAUUUGAUACCAAAGCCCAAGUCUUCAAUAUUACUGCCUGUGCCUGAAGGUUCAAAGGAUGGCUGUAUCCGCUGUGCUGUUGUGGGGUGUGGUGGCAUUCUCAAUGACUCAAAGAUGGGCAAAGAGAUAGACUCCCAUGAUUAUGUUUUUCGAGUAAAUGGGGCUGUUACUCAAGGUUACGAGGAGGAUGUUGGAAAAAGAACAUCAGUCUAUGUACAUACAGCUUUUUCCUUACAUUCCAACAUACAUGCAUUAAAAAAGUAUGGCUUUAACAAUAUUCCACAAGAUGAGGGUAUCAAAUAUGUAAUGAUCCCUGAGGGCAUGAGGGACUUUGAUUGGCUCCAAGGCCUUUUGCAGGGAAAAGUAGCCAAUGGGUCAUACAAAGGUGUGAGUCCACUGAAAUUUUUCAAUGGUCAUUUUAACGAGAGUAGAUUUUAUGUUCUUCACCCGGAUUUUCUUCGAUAUGUUCGCAACAGAUUCAUGCCAUCCAAACAAUUGCAGGGCAUUCACUGGGCGCUAUUCCGACCGACCAAUGGAGCGUUUGCUUUGUUCUUGGCUAUGCACACAUGUGAUAUUGUGGAUGCCUAUGGAUAUAUUACAGAAGACCACCAUAAGUACUCCAACUAUUAUUAUGAAAAGUUAAAAAAAACCAGAGUCAUUUUCUAUAUUAACCAUGACUAUGGCCUGGAGAUAAAGACCUGGAAGAAACUGCAUGACUCUGGAAUCAUUAGACUCUUCCAAAGACACUAAAACAUCAAAAACAGAAGGAAACUCUCUGUUCUGUCAGCAGGCACUAUUUUAAAACAUAUUUCCAAGUUAUGAUUCUGUAAGAAGCCGUGUCUUGGUUAUUCAUGGGCAAGAUGGACAAAAUCUUUGAAAGUCUUGGAAAGCUAUGGACUGAAACUAAAUGAAACAUCUGUGAAAUGCUGCGAGUGGAAGCUUAUUUUUGGUUUACUUUUAAUAAAGUAGGGAAAGCUGAUAUUUAUGCAUUUAAAUAUUUAAAUAGGCCAGCUUUGGGUGUGUUUAAUCUUUAUUAUUAUUCAUUACAUUUGAUAAAAUACCCAAUAUAAAAAUGUUAUCUAUUUUUUCUGUAUAUUUUUUAUUCUUAAUUUUAUAUUAUAUUAAUCAUUACUCUUUUUAUGACUUUAUUACUUUAGAAAUGCAAAAUAGAUUAAUAUUUCCAAAAACUGGUCUACCAAUAGCCAUACACAAACAUGGGACCAACUUUUAAGAAGUAUGUUAUUUAUUGAUAUCUAGAUUUGUAGUAUAUU